AGGGGGGGGGCAUAAUUGAUGAUCAUGCUGCUCUUGCAUUAAAAUACAAGGGGAGGGGGGGGAGACGGGACGAGGAGAGGCCUCUGCCCCCCAGCCCUCACCCCCAGCCGCUGCCUUUUGCACUUCAUUUCGUUGCCAUGUUGGGUCGCUUGGUUUCUGCCCAGUUCAGUCUGAAGUGAAAGAGGGGGAGGAUCCUGGAUGCAAGAGGGAAGCUGCAUAUUUCUGUGAGCAAGGGACUGCGCGGGAGUAACCUGUUGUAGGCUGGAGCUGAUCUUGGCACACGCCUUUCAGAGCCUGUUCCCCAGAUCUCCUCCCAUUCUGUUUUUACAGGUGUGGGGAAGACACCAGGAAAAAAAAAAAACAACAACCCAGCAACUCUUUUAAUGGGGAAAGAAAGGGAAGAAGGGGCCCUUUAAGAGAAGAAGAACUUGGAUAAAAGUUUGCUUUGGCGGUGGGGGGAGAAAUUAUUCACUCUUGGAAAUAUUUUUUCUCUCUUUUGCUGGGCCGUGGAAGUGCUGGGGAGGAUGGGUUGGCGCUAAGACUUUGAAGGAACCCCUUCCCCCUAACCCUAACCCUUCCCCCCUUUGCACCGCUAGUGCUGAGGGCCACGGUGCCCGCUCUCUGCUUCUUUCCCUCCUCGGAAGCCGUGGGCUGUGUCCGCGUGGCAGUGCUCUCGGGCACCAGAGGAGCCACACACUUUGCCUGCUGACUUCGCUCCCCUUUGGAGAGGGCUGGACCAUGACUGCUCAGAAAUGGAAAACCACCGAAAGAGUUGGAGAACCAGGGACUUUGGUGGUGCAGAGGGAAUGCACGAGAACAAGGCGAAGGGAGAAAGUUAUCCGUGAAUUCCCCCCCAACCCCAUCGGACUUUCAUCACCGCUGGAUUGUUUAAAACAAAAAUUCCCACAGCCCCACCUACACCAAUAACACCCAGAUCAUACUGAAGACUGUCAAUACUUUUGUUUCCAAAAGAUCCGAUUGCAACAGACUUUGCAACAAGGGGCGACUGCACACAGGAACUGCACAUGCUGCCUAGCAAUGAUUGCAAAAGGGGAUUCACUGCUCUGAAUGAAUCAGGAGUGUUUAGUUGCAUCAAGAGAAAGGGCAGCCAGAGGCUCUGGGAAUAAAUGAACCGGUUGCAUUCUUGGUAAAGCGAAGCCUUGCAGAUACAUCGGAAGGUGGGGGGAGGGGGGAAGAGAGAAAAGAAGGAAGAAAGGACGAUAAAAUACGAUGGUGCAUUUGGAGGUGGCCGUGCUGCUGGUAGCCCUUGUCGGGGUUUGUGUCUGGACUGAUGAUGCUGGGAAAGUUAUCUCGGAUCGUUAUGCUGUUUAUUGGAACAAGAGCAACCCCAGGUUCCAUCGCGGGGACUACACGGUGGAAGUGAGCAUCAAUGACUACCUGGAUAUCUACUGCCCUCACUAUGAGGACCCCUUCCCGGUGGACAAGAUGGAGCGGUAUAUCCUGUACAUGGUCAAUUACGAGGGCCACGCUUCCUGCGACCACCGGCAGAAAGGCUUCAAGCGCUGGGAGUGCAACAGGCCCGACUCCCCCAGCGGGCCCCUGAAGUUCUCAGAGAAGUUCCAGCUCUUCACUCCCUUCUCGCUAGGAUUUGAGUUCAGGCCAGGGAACGAGUAUUACUACAUCUCUGCUCCUCCCCUUAACAUGGUGGACAGGCCCUGCUUAAAGCUGAAGGUUUAUGUUCGACCAACGAAUGACUCCCUGUAUGAAUCUCCGGAGCCUAUUUUCACCAGCAAUAACUCCUGCUGCAGCCUCAGGGUCCCGCACCUCAUCCUCGUGGUACCGGUGUUUUGGACUAUUCUCACCUCCUAGCCCCGAGAGGAGAAAACAAAGGAAGAGGGGAGUGGUUUGGCAGGGAAAGGAGGAGAGAGAUGGGGACACGCAGGAGAAGAGAUGCGUUCUCUCUGCCUCCGGGGAGAAUGAACCCUCUCGAGCCAGCCUUUUGCUUUGUUUUUAAAAAGUUUUCUCUUUUUCACAAUAACCUUUGAACUGCGACUCCUGAGCUGGGAGGUGGGUUGGGCAGGGACACGAAGAAGGAUUUUUUUCCUAUCCCGGCCUUAUUCCCAGCUCGGAGAAUUUUUGUUCCUGGCGUGGAUUCACUUGGAAGAAGGCUGCAAAAUUUCUACCAAUGUACAAAAUAACACCCCUGCCCUGCACCCCAGCACUCUGGUUUGGAGGCGGGGAAUGACAAAAUACCAAUGAAAAAGAGCAGUGGGGGGAUCGGCGCUGCUUUCCUGCUUCCGGGAUGGCCCACUUUUCAUAGUGCUGGCGCUCAGCUCACUUUGACCCUCCUUGUAGGACUUUGCUUUUGAAAUUUCUAGACCAAAUAUUAGAAUCCUUAUUUUAUUUUUUUUUUUUUUUAGUGCUUUUCUCGCACUUCUUGAGACUUAGCCACACAACGAGACCCCCUCCCCCAUCUGUGGUUCAGAAAUCUCCAUGAGCAACGUUCCCUUCCAAGCCGUCAAGGAAUGCAGGAUCAGGGGCUAGCUUGGGCUUUCCUUCCCAGGUUUUCCGUGAUGCUCAGACAGAUUCAGUCCCUGGCUGCAAGCAGGGGAGCUGGUGGCUGGCAAGCAAACAAGGUGCCCGGACUCUGGGACAUGCCGGAUGCAGGCCGAGAACGGCAGUGCUUACACUGCAUUGGAGUCUUUCCCAAACUAGCCCAGCUGUUUGCCGUUGCUCGUACCGCUGGACUCAGGACCACCUGGACAGAGCGGUGCUAAUACCUUAAUGCUCCUUUCAGGCUUAUGUUUUGGAGGCAGGGGGCCAGGAUGGAAACAGGCCAUCGAAAGCUUUAUGGAGGAGCGCUGACCUGGCUUGGUUGUCAGAACCUUGUGGGACAACUGUACUGUUUUCAUAGAUAUGUGGGUUGUUUCUUUGGGCGGGGGGAGGGUCGGUUUUCUUGUGGGAGGGAUGGGCAGGUAUACACCUAAGCCAGCCAAAUGUAAUUGACCCUGCAAUUGACGUCCUUGGAAAACCAAGGAGCAACGCCUGCAGAAGGGUUACUGGGCCCAGUGAAGAAAGUGGGUGAAUGCGGGGGGAAGGGGGGUUGCCACUGAGGUCACUGAGAGCAGGAUCAAAAAUCUAGUUUGGGAAAGGGGCAUCUGGAAGUUGAGCAGAAAGGCUUGGGGGGGGGGGGUGUUAAUGUCAGGAAUGUAACCAGUCUCGGGUGGGGCUAGUAUUUAGAAGAGGCUCUGGCUGGUUACCACCUCCCCAUGGCGCAAAGGGGAAUUAAGUGGGCAGGGGAUGCAGAGGGAGCCUGGGGCCUUCGGAGGGCAUCUGGGUUGAACUCACUCUUGGGCGCAGAGCCCUUCCAUGGCUCACGCGAGCCACUAAACUAGGCCGUGUGCAGGUGAAGGUCACCAUCCUGGGUUCCCAAAGCUAAAAAUUCCGCUGGUUGACAUCAGCAUCGCUCCACUGACUUACGUCCGUUUACACCAGCUGAGGAUCUGGCCCCAAAUCUUUGCCUAGUACCUUCCUCCUCUCACAUCGCUGACUCCGUACUUAGGUUUUAAUUCGCUCCCAGCACUGACGGCAACCUUUCCCUCUCCCCUCCCUGCUUCCCGCAAGUCCCUUUGAGAAAGCAGUGCCCCUUCCUCCAUAACCCCGCUGAUCCAUAGAUUCAUAGAUAGAUAUUUAGGUCAGAAGGGACCAUUAUGAUCAUCUAGUCCGACCUCCUGCACAACACAGGCCACAGAAUUUCACCCACCCAGUCCUGCGAAAAACCUCUCACCUAUGUCUGUGCUAUUGAAGUCCUCAAAUCGUGGUUUAAAGACUUCAAGGAGCAGAGAAUCCUCCAGCUAGUGACCCGUGCCCCAUGCUACAGAGGAAGGCGAAAAACCUCCAGGGCCUCUUCCAAUCUGCCCUGGAGGAAAAUUCCUUCCCGACGCCAAAUAUGGCGAUCAGCUAAACCCUGAGCAUAUGGGCAAGAUUCAUCAGCCAGAUACUACAGAAAAUUCCCAACACGGAUCCGCAUCACCAGUGCUGCCAUUCCAAUUCCCUCUCCUGUGGCCACUGCUUCUAGACAUGUGGAGCAGAGCAAGCCCAUCUGUCUUGUCCUUACCACCCAGCUCAGUGAUCCCCGGCUGUAUUACACAUGCAAGCGAGCUGCUAAUCAGGCUGAGACAGCAGUAAAGAGAAUGGAGCUGACCUGAGGGGGUGGAUCUCUAUGAAGUUUUCCCUGGGGAUCCUUCCUUCCCUUUACGAGUCUCCUUCGAUCCUGCACAUCCUGAUGGCUUGUUCCUCUGUUGCGCUGUUACUUGCUUGGAAUAACUGCUGGCUUGGCUUUCUUUGCUUCCUUCUCCGCUUUCAAAUAAAGCCGCCGAUUGGCCCCACACUUCGGAAUUCAGAUGAUUAGAUGGGGCCCAUUUUGCAAAAUUCAGAUCCCCAUCCAAGCCUGGAUCUCAGCCUCUCCUGUCCUUACAUCUGGGGACAGUCUGUCUGCGUCUAGUGUUUUGGCACAAGCCCAUCUCCUAAUAAAACCCCACUUCCUAAUUUCUGCCCCUUCUCCUGUGCUCCAACCCCUAAUGGAGGCUUUUGGUGACAAAAGGAAGUUACAUUCCAGGGAAUAAGAACUAAGAAAGCGGGACAAGCAAAGGAACAUGGAAGAGGUCGUGGCAGUGGUGGGGGAAAGCGAAUGGCUGAUUCUUCCUUGCACAUACCAGUGCCCAUUAGAGAGGAGUCCAGCAAGGUGCUGGCAGAAUGCUACCGUCUCUCUCCAAGGGAUGCAGUGGGUGGGUUUGGGGUGGGGGAAGAGUCUUUGGCUGGGAAGAAGGGGCCGGGGGUGAGAUUUGCAUCACCUUCUAAAGCAGGAGCCCUAUCUGCAGGUGUCUCCAUUGCUGCCCGGCUCGCCCCACCAUGAGGGCAGAACUCGAGUCGUCUCCUCCAUUCCAGGAAAUAAAGCUUAGAUUUAAAAUCACAAUCCUAAUAAUAGUACAAAAAACGGUCUUUCUACGGAUGUCUUUUUCAAACGCGCACGGAAACCGUCAGUUUCUACAGCAUCUCUCCGUGAGCCCCAGGGACUGAACCAGAGCAGGUCUGGUCCUUCUGUAAAUAUGGCCAGCAGGCAUUAUACUGUGACAGGUUUUUUUUUUUAAUGUAUCGUUGAGAAUGAAUUUUAUGGAAGGUUUUAUGUUAAUUUUAUUUUGUUUUUAUUUUUUAGACUAGGAAGCUAAAAACUCGCAAUAAGCUUAUCUUGACUAUCAACAAUUCCAGCUCCGCUUCCCCUCCCUCCCGGCCCCCCCACUGUAUCUAGACCAGGGAACGUUUCUUAAAGGCAGACGAAAGCACCACAUUUAUACAAGCGUCACCCUCCUCCCUGUCCGUAGGGGCCAGACUUUGCUUCCCUGGCUCAAAUCGAGUAGCCUUGUCCCAGCAGUCAGCCAAUGGCGUAAAGAGGGAAGGGAGGGUGGCCUGGCACCCAGGAGACCAGAUUCUGGUGGGACCUUUGGACCGGAUUCAGCAAGCGACGUAAGCACAUGAGUGGUCCUGGAGGCCAGUGGAACUACUCAUGUGCCCGUGUUUAAAUAACUUGCUGACUCAGCUGGGAUUUUCAAAGGAGCCAGAAGGAUUUUACGUGCCCAGCUCCCAUGGACAGUCAGUGCCUCCUUUAAAAAUUCGAGCCUCAGUCCCCCAGCUGGUAAGAAUACUUCCUUUGUCUAUCUUGUCUGUUGGGGCUCGAUCCUGGACAGACCAGCUAACCCAGAGCCUGCUUUCAGGACAAGGGGCUUUGACUGUAAACUCGUUGGGGCAGGGACGGUGAAUGUCCAGCAUCUAACACCAUAAGACCCCCAUCUCGGUUGGCUCUCGUAAUAUAAAUAAUCUUGGGACCGCAGGCAGUGCAACGGUGGCAAAAUCGGGCCUUUGGUCUGUGGUAUAUAUGUUAUAUAUAUAUAUAUAGUACAGCGACGGUGAGAGAAUAAAGAAAAAGCAAACAAGGAAGCAGCAUUUAAGUGAAGCUCUAAAUUUAAAAAAUGGGGUUUUUUUGUUUGUUGGGGCGGGGUUGGUUUUCCAUUCGGGGAUGAACCCAUCUUACGGGAACUGUUUUUCGCUUGUGGGUUUCAGCUCAGCCUAGCUUGGUUCUUAGACAUGCAGCUUUCGUUCUCGACGUCGUGCUGAUGGUAAACCCGAUCCCUUCAUCUGGAGUCUGUAUUUUUUUAUAAUAAAAUAAAAAUAAAUGUC